AUAUAAUUUUGCUUAAUGAAUAAAAUUCAAUGUAAUCAUAUUUUUCAUCAACCGAUGAUGGUUAAAAAUGUUAAAGCGUGUUCAGCGAAACGCUGAGUAAACAAAACAUGUUCUGAACAAGAUAAGGAAUUAUUCCAAAUUACGGCAAAAUCUCAGCAGCUUUACAGCACAAAAACCAGUUUUAUUGUAAUGAUUUUUAAACGAAUUAAUAAUUAAGUGUGCCAAUAGUAACUUCUAAGUCUAAUGUGCAAAUUCAAUAUGGAUUUCCAAUAUUAUCUGUUAAGUUUUCUGCUGCUAAACGCAGCAACGUCAUUAGCCGAUGACAAAGCCUGGAACGGUAAAUGGUUUCCCAAUCCUCCGAGUGGAUCGACCACACAACCUAACAGUACAACGUCGACGGUAACAACUGAGAAAACAACAAUUACCACCCUUGGCGCUUCCGCCUCCACCCCCGCUGCUUCCGUUCAGCGAGUUCCGAUGGGUAUCCGGGAUCCGGACUGCGACGAUGCCCAACACAAUCUGGCCAUCGACUUUGAUCCGUACGAUGUUCGCCACUCGACCGUUCACAUGUGCCUAGAUCAUCGCCGGGACUACCGUGGGGAUUACAAUAUGGAACCGCUUAUUACUCUGCAACAGGUUCCCGCUGUCUACGUGGCCAUUCACAAAUGCAUCAACACCACGAUACAGUACGACGAACGGAUACCGACGUUUGGCACUCAUCGGCCAUUGUGGCCACGCUACGGCGAAUACAAAUACGUUCCACCUCAGCGUUGGUUGCACACCAGCGAGCAUGGUGGCAUCAUUGCCCUGUAUCAUCCGUGUGCCAAUAAACAUCAGGUGGAGCAGUUUAAAGCGAUCGUCAAAUCUUGCCUUUAUCGACAUGUGAUUAGCGCAUCGGAUCUCCCUAGCAGGGAUCGACCGUUUGCCGUCGUGGCCUGGGGUGCGCUUCUGGAAUUUUCGGUACUAGAACGUGAGGUGGUGGAAGAUUUCAUCCGGGAGCAUGCUCUGAGGGGUCCGGAGCAGACGGCCCGCGAUGGUCAGUACGAUCAUUUGCUGCUGGAACCGGCUCAAAUCGUGUCGACCCUCGAUGACGAAGUGCUGUGCCCCAAGCACAGACGAAGGGAUUAACUUGUUGAGGACAUUCAAUUUAAUUACUGCCCUCUUUAACAGUGCAACUUGGACAGUUUGAAACUUUUCCAAGUUAUGAGACAGUGAAUGGGAAUUUUUUUCGCCGAAUGUCUACCAUUAGUGAUAUUUCCAGUAAAUUUUUUAUCCAAUCAUUUUAUAUACUGACCUUUACUAAAGAAGAACAAUAUUUAAUAAUUUAA